CUUAUUCACACUUAAAAAACACCAGAAAAAUCACCAUAAGUAGAAACUCUACAUUAACAUUUUUUUUUUCUUUGAUUUUCCUUAAAUUAUUGUUAUUGGAAUUAUGGAAGUCGAAAAUAAUAGCAGCAGCAGCAUCACUUGCGCAGGGGAUUGUUAUAAAGAAGAAGAAGAUGAUGAUCGUGCACAACUUCCCGGUUUUCGAUUUCACCCGACAGAUGAGGAGCUCGUCGAUUUUUAUCUGAAACGGAAAGUCGAGAAGAGGCCGAUUAGUAUCGAGCUUAUUAAGCAGGCCGAUAUUUAUAAAUACGAUCCAUGGGAUCUUCCAAAAUCGGGCAAUGUCGGAGAUAAAGAGUGUUACUUCUUUUGCAAAAGAGGAAGAAAAUACAGGAACAGCAUAAGACCAAACCGAGUCACAGGUUCGGGUUUUUGGAAAGCAACGGGUAUCGACAAGCCCGUUUACUCUGGUAAAGAAAGUGGUCGUGAUCGUGUUAUCGGCCUCAAAAAAUCCCUCGUUUACUAUCGCGGGUCCGCCGGAAAAGGCACCAAGACUGAAUGGAUGAUGCACGAGUUCCGGCUGCCGCCGGCAAUCGAAGGGAAAACAGCCAAACACGACACUAUGGAUGAUGUUACUAAAAGCCCUAGUGCUCAAGAAGCUGAAGUUUGGACCCUAUGCAGAAUACUCAAGAGAAACACCUCUCACAAAAAAAGUCUACUCGAUUGGCGCGAUUCGACUGGCGGACGAACCACAAUCGACCCAAUAUCCGAUUUGGGAUCCAAAACGUGCCAAAUAGAACAAAAGAGCUACAAUAUUUGUUUCGAGUCAUCGAAUGUAAGGCCAACGGGCAACCAAAAACCCGUAUCUGGAAUUGCUAAUUAUGGCCAAAACAAUGUUCCAAUAAAUCGACCUUUUCCAACUGGUCAAUUUAUUGGCUCCGUUUUUACAUCUCAAGGCCCGUCAGGUGGUUCGUUGUUUUCGGGCUCGAUUUGUAGUGAGAUGAGUGAGUUCUUGAGGCAUGAGGAUUGGGGUGGUGACCUUCGUUCGGUCGUGGACUGUGCUAAGGGAAGAAAAUACAGGAACAGCAUAAGAUCAAAUCGGAUCAUGGGUGGCCAUGAUUGUGUUAUCGGCCUCAAAAAGUCCCUCAUUUACUAUCGCAAGUUUGGACCCUAUGCAAAAUACUCAAGAGAAACAUCUCUUAAGAGUUUGGAACAACCGAGUUGCAACAUUUGUUUCGAUUCACCGAAUAUAAGGCUAACCGACGACCAAAAACCCUUUAACUGGGCAUUGCUUAAUUAUGACCAAAACAAUGUUCCAACAAAUCGACCUUUUCCAAGUGGCCAAUUUUUCGGCUGGCCGGUGGUUUCUACAUCUCAAGGCCCGUCGGGUGGUUCGUUGUUUUCGGGCUCGAUUUGUGGUGAGAUGAGUGAGUUCAUGAGGCAUGAGGAUUGGGGUUGGGGUGGUAACCUUCGUUCGGUCGUGGACUGUGCUAAGGGGUGA